CUUAUCAUAAUGGUGGUGAAUUCGUGAUUGAGUACAUUGCGUUGACUGACUUCAUCUAUUUUUAUUUGUAUUUUGUAAUUUAGUUACUGUUAAAAUCAUAAACUUAGUGUUGUGGCUGCGGCCAUAUCAUGCUUUCAUGUCGGGGCUAGCUAAAACGGCAGUUUUGGCCGAGGAGGGCGGAAAUAAUCAGUGUAAAAAGCGUUCCCAUUCAAACAGCGAACAGUGCAAUAAAAGAGCAAAAACCGACGAAAUGAGUGCCAAUGAGAAGAAAUCAAACUUUUCCUUAGUAACGCCGAACUCUAAUGGAACCGUUAAGCUGACUUCCACAGCGAUGAACAAGCCGGGGGCGACGACAAAGAAACUGGUUAUAAAGAAUUUCAAAAGUAAGCCGAAUUUACCGGAGAAUUACCAAGAGACGACAUGGAGCAAGCUUCGGGAGGCGGUGAUCGCCAUCCAGACUUCGAAGGCAAUCGCGUACUCCCUGGAGGAACUAUACCAGGCAGUUGAGAACAUGUGCAGUCAUAAGAUGGCGUCUCAACUGUACGUGAACUUGACAAACCUGGUGGAAGGUCAUGUGAAGGCCAACAUCGAGCAGUUCCUCAGCGAGAGCAUGGACCGGCAGGUGUUCCUGAAGCGUAUGGACGAGUGCUGGCGCGCGCACUGCCGCCAGAUGAUCAUGAUCCGCUCCAUCUUCCUCUACCUGGACCGCACCUACGUGCUGCAGAACCCCAGCAUACACUCUAUUUGGGACAUGGGUUUGGACCUGUUCAGGCACCACAUAGCUCUAAAUACGCUGGUGCAGACGCGCACGGUGGACGGGCUGCUCAUGCUGAUAGAGCGCGAGCGGGCCGGCGACGCUGUCGACAUCUCGCUGCUCAAGAGCCUGCUGAGGAUGCUCUCCGACCUGCAGAUAUACCAGGAUGCCUUUGAACACAAAUUCCUCCAAGCGACCGAGCGGCUGUACGCGGCGGAGGGGCAGCGGCUGAUGCGGGAGCUGGACGUGCCGGCGUACCUGGCGCACGUCGAGAAGCGGCUUCGGGAGGAGAACGACCGUCUGCUGCACUACCUCGACCCUAGCACCAAAUGGCAACUAAUCCACACGGUGGAGCGGCAGCUCCUCAGCGAGCACCUGACGGGCAUCCUGAGCAAGGGCCUGGAGUCGCUGAUGGACGGCCCGCGGAUCGCGGACCUCACCACGCUGUACGCGCUCUUCAGCCGCGUCAAGGACGGACUCAACGAACUCUGUAACCACUUCAAUGCUUAUAUCAAGAAAAAGGGUCGCACGAUAGUAAUAGAGCCGGAGCGCGACAAGAGCAUGGUGUCGGAGCUGCUCGAGUUCAAGGAGCAGCUGGACCACAUCGUCACCGCGUGCUUCCAGAGGAACGACAAGUUCCUGUACAGCAUGCGCGAGGCCUUCGAGUACUUCAUCAACCAGCGGCAGAACAAGCCCGCCGAGCUUAUUGCAAAAUUCGUGGAUCUGAAACUGCGAGCGGGCAACAAGGAGGCGACAGAAGAAGAGUUAGAACGCCUACUAGACAAGAUAAUGGUCCUCUUCAGAUUCAUACACGGCAAGGAUGUGUUCGAGGCGUUCUAUAAGAAGGACUUGGCGAAGCGACUGCUGGUCGGCAAGUCGGCCUCCGUGGACGCGGAGAAGUCGAUGCUCAGCAAGCUGAAACAAGAGUGUGGGGGAGGGUUCACGUGCAAACUGGAAGGCAUGUUCAAAGACAUGGAGCUGUCCAAGGAUAUCAAUAUUACUUAUAAGCAGCACCUGGCAGCGUCGCAAGACUGCGGCGGGCUGGAGCUGUCGGUGUACAUCCUGACGAUGGGCUUCUGGCCGACGUACCCGCCCGUGGAGGUCCGCCUGCCGGCCCAGCUGACGCGGCACCAGGACCACUUCACCAAGUUCUACCUCGCCAAGCACUCGGGCCGCAAGCUGCAGUGGCAGGCCACGCUGGGGCACUGCGUGCUCAGGGCGCACUUUCCACAGGGUAACAAGGAGCUACAGGUAUCUCUGUUCCAAGCGUUGGUGCUGAUGUUGUUCAACGACGGAGACAACUUGACCUUCGAGGACAUCAAGACUGCAACCAACAUUGAGGACGGCGAGGCGCGGCGCACGCUGCAGUCGCUGGCGUGCGGCAAGGCGCGCGUCCUGAGCAAGAGCCCGCGCGGCCGCGAGGUGGACGACAGCGACACCUUCGCCUUCAACCACGACUUCACCAACAAGCUGUUCCGCAUCAAGAUCAACCAGAUACAGAUGAAGGAGACGAGUGAAGAACAGAAGGCGACGGAAGAGCGAGUGUUCCAAGACCGGCAGUACCAGAUCGACGCAGCCAUAGUGCGCGUCAUGAAGAUGAGGAAGGCGCUCUCGCACAACCUCCUCAUCUCGGAACUGUACAACCAGCUCAAGUUCCCCGUCAAGCCCGCCGACCUGAAGAAGCGCAUAGAAUCCCUGAUCGACAGAGACUACAUGGAGCGUGACAAGGACAACCCCAAUCAGUACAAUUACGUUGCGUAAUGCACACACAUACAACACACGAGGUUUAUACUUAACCUUGAAGCCCGUUUACUUGAAAGUGCUGUAUUUGGAAACCGUUGUCAUGCCUCAGACGCUACAAAAAUCUCGUUCUUAGCGUGAGCCGUCUUACCGCGUAAGUAGAAGUGAGACAGACAGCUAGCGUGCGCUCUCCCUUACUCCUUAGCGGUUUACGGGCUCCUCAUCCCCUUAGAGGGGGUGAGGUAAAUCUAGCUCGGCGCCCGAUACGAAUUGGUACGGGGCGGAGAGUUACCGUUCCAUACGUAUUAUUCUUUAUUCUAUGCUGUUGCGUCAUAUAUAAUGAACGUGGUCAAACGUCAUAAUUACAAUUCUAAAUAAGUCAAAACGAUAUUGAUUUCUGUUCAUCUAUUUGGGUGAAUAUCAAAAUGUGCCAAGUUUGGUGGCGAAUUUUCAUAUUAUUUUUUCGUGAAAAAUUGGAUUCCGACAUCCUUUCGGAUCCUUUCUGAAGUCGGAACCCAAUUUUGAUAUUCACCCAUUUAUAGAUUUGCAUUUAUUUUUUCUAUGACCCAGUCAUCUACCCUAUUCUUUGCUUUCUGUUUAUUUAACAACCUUCCCAUUUUCUGCUAUACAGUUAGGUAUUGGAUUUAAAUCCAAAGAUCUAGUAUGCCAGACAUGUUUCGUUGUAAUACGUUUUCCAAGUUCAAAACCGCAACGCAACGGUAUUGAAGUAUGUCACAUCGAGUAUAUGGGCUUCGAGACUAAGGGUGGUAUUAAUAAACGAAUUUCAGCUUCGAGACUGACCUCAAGAUCAUGUCCAUGUGACAGUUCUCAUAUAAAAACAGAGACUUAAAAUACCACCCUUAGGGUGGUAUUAAUAAACGAAUCUCAGCUUAGAGUGCCCUCAAGAUCAUACUAAAGUCUCUGUUUUUAUAUGAGAACUGUCACAUUGACAUGAUCUUUAGGGCAGUCUCGGAGAUGAGAUUAGUUUAUUAAUACCACCUUAAGAAAGCCCCUCACACAAACACACAUAAAUACAUACACACACUUAGCCACUGCGCACCACACAUGGCAGCCUGGUGUUCGUUGAACAUGUAUCGAAUUGUUUUUUUUAUUAUUUACAAAAUACUUGUAUGAUAUGGCAUUAUUAUUAUUUAAGAAAUAUUAAUAAAUGCAAAUUAGGAAAUGUUCAUGUUUUCCAACAAAACUGACUUUAAUGGGGGUUAAAAAGGCCACAUCGAAGCAAUUCAUCUAAUAAAGCAUUAUUGCAAUUUGACAUUUGCACAUAUAAGAGUAAGUGCGCAAUGCAAAUGUCAAAUUUAUAACAAUAUUGUUAUAACAAUAUUGCUUUCUUAGAUGAAUUGCUUCGAUGUGGCCAUUUUAACCCCCCAUGACUUUUCCAUUUCUAAAUUAAUUUAUAAAACAUACGUUCUAUGUUCAGUGAACACUACGCCUAAAGAAAAAUGUGUUGCUAAUGUUAAAAAUAAAUGUAUCUUUUGUUGAGUGAUUAAUUAAUUCAUUUGUUUUAUUGUUUCUUUGUAAUAAUUUCGGCUUUCGCAUUUUAUUGUGAUAAAUGGGAGAAUUUUGUCUUUAAUGAAAGAAAUUAAAAAGCACUUCAUAAUCCACAUGUAGCGACUGAAAUGGAAAAUGUUAUUUUGCUUAUUCAAUCGGUACUAUGAUCGCUGUAAAUAUGCUAAUCGGACAGAUAAAUAGUAAAUAAAUAUUAAAUCGAAUUGAA